AUGGCGUCCAGCAGUAACUGGCUGUCCGGGGUGAAUGUCGUGCUUGUGAUGGCCUACGGGAGCCUGGUCUUUGUACUGCUAUUUAUUUUUGUGAAGAGGCAAAUCAUGCGCUUUGCAAUGAAAUCUCGAAGGGGACCUCAUGUCCCUGUAGGACACAAUGCCCCCAAGGAUCUGAAAGAGGAGAUUGAUAUUCGACUAUCCAGGGUUCAGGAUAUCAAGUAUGAACCCCAGCUCCUUGCAGAUGAUGAUACCAGGUUGCUACAGCUGGAAACCCAAGGAAAUCAAAAUUGCUACAACUAUCUGUACAGGAUGAAAGCUCUGGACGCCAUCCGUGCCUCUGAGAUCCCAUUUCAUGCUGAAGGCCGGCAUCCCCAUUCCCUAAUGGGCAGGAAUUUCCGCUCCUACCUGCUAGAUCUUCGAAACACUAGUACUCCUUUCAAGGGUGUGCGCAAGGCCCUCAUUGAUACCUUGCUGGAUGGCUAUGAGACAGCUCGCUAUGGGACAGGGGUCUUUGGCCAGAGUGAAUACCUGCACUAUCAAGAAGCCCUGAGUGAGCUGGCCACUGCGGUCAAAGCACGAAGUGGAAGCUCUCAGCGCCACCACCAGUCAGCAGCCAAAGACCUUACCCAGUCUCCAGAUGUCUCCCCAACAACAAUCCAGGUGACAUACCUCCCCUCCAGUCAAAAGAGUAAACGUGCCAAGCACUUCCUUGAAUUGAAGAGCUUUAAAGACAACUAUAAUACAUUGGAGAGUACCCUGUGA